AUGAAGAUCAAAGUAGACCUCUUUCACACUCCUUUUCUCAUUAUUUAUGUUACCGAAGAAUGUGUUAGUUUCUCUGAAGAAAUUAAUUAUUUAAGGUUAUUAAGUUCCUUUGGCGAUUUAAGGAUUGCAAAAAAAAUCAAUACAGAAGACAGAAAAGGACGUCGUAAAAGUUUGAAGUUUAUCUUAAGUGCUUUAUACCUACAACCCUUUAUGAAAAUAUGUGCAAAUUCUACACUUUUUAGGAGAAAUAUCAAUAUUUUAUACGAACUUAGUGGUAACAAGAGUGAGACAAGUUUUUUAAAAUUAAUAUUAGAACCACCUGAUAAAGAAAUUCUAGACUAUGCUUGGAAUGAAAGAGUUUCGUAUUUAGUAUGGAGUAAAAUUGAAAUAGAAAAUGCAUUUGCAUGGCUAUCUACUUUAGGAGGAGCAUAUUCUGCAUUAGGUGACUACUUUGAGCACUGUGCUGAAGAAGCAGGCAGAAUUUCUGUUAGACAAUAUAGACUAUCACAAAUGCUUGGAGAUGAAAGCCUUGCUGCUCGAAGUAAACUAUAUUCAGCGCUGGCAUUUGCACAAACGGGCAACUUGAAGUUAUCAAGACAAAUUGUUAGAAAAGUUGCAGAAUUUGCUAGAUCUACUAACGAUAAGCGUCUCAAUAGGAUGUGCCAGGGUGUUUGGGCUAAAUUGAAGUAUCUACGGCAAUUAAGUCAGGGUAAUGUAAGGGCAAAGGUGUAA